CAGCGGCACCAGGGCGGGUGGACGGCCGGGCACCCCCCGCGCCAUGGGCGCGCCCGGGGCGGGGCCGGAGCAGAGAGCGGAAGCGCCGCGGGAUCGAAGAGCUUGGCCGCUGGCUGCUCCGGUGCCGCCAUGAUCAUCCCUGUACGCUGCUUCACGUGCGGCAAGAUCGUCGGCAACAAGUGGGAGGCCUACCUGGGGCUGCUGCAGGCCGAGUACACCGAGGGGGAUGCCCUGGAUGCGCUGGGCCUGAAGCGCUACUGCUGCCGCCGCAUGCUGCUGGCCCACGUGGACCUGAUCGAGAAGCUGCUCAACUACGCGCCCCUGGAGAAGUGACCCCGGCCCGGCAGGCCACGUCUCGUUCCUUGGAGGUGUGGGGAGCUGGAAGCAAAGCCCGCUCGCCUGUGGCCCUGUUGGCAUGGGUCUCCCUCUCUGGAAAGAACCAUCCAGUAAAUGUUUUUGAGGACCACAAGGGGGUCCUG